AUGCAAUAGAGUAUUUCUAAUAAAAUUUAGGGAAGAAAUUCAAGAAGAGAUAUGGGAAUCAAUAAACAAAUUGAUAUUGUAUUAUAAAGUCCAUUACUUAAGAAUUAGAUUAAAUUGAAUCUUGAAAAUAUUCAAAGAUCAACAUCAGAAUAAUUUAUUACUCCUUUGAAUAAUAAAUAAUCUUAAAAAUAUGCCUAAAACCAAUCACAUCUAAGUAAAGAUGGAUAAAAAUUUGGAUUAACAGAGAGAGAAAUGAAUGUAUGCUCAAAUGAAAUAUAGGAAAUUUAAUCACAUUGUAAAAAUUUAUUGGGGGCUUCUUUAUCUGUACGAACAUCAUAAUCAAAUUAAAUUUUAACUCCUAAAUAAAUAGAAUUAAGUAAUUUAGAUUAUGAGAGUCCGAAAAUAAGGAAAGAUUUUAAAUUUAAAGACAAAGAGAAUUAAACAAAUUAAGAAAUUUAGUAAAAAGUUGAAGAAAUGAAAGUUAAUUAUAUUAAAUCUAGUGUUACGCUUAAUUAAUAAUUAAAUGAUAAUACAAGAUUAUUAUAAUAAAUUGAUUAAUUGAAGAAAUAACAAUAAAAUUUGUCUCGUAAUUAUUAAUUUUAAAAAAAAGAGGAGGAAAACAGAAAGAAGAAAAAAGUUGCUAUAAAUUUAAAAAUAAAUAAUGCUGAAAAUAAAUAAUUAAUAGGCUUAAAAUAAUAAAGUCUUAUUGAUUUGAUAGCAAAAUAAUAACUUAUUAUAGAAGAUUUAUAAAAAAAACUAUAAUAUGAGAAAACAGAAAAAGAAUGUUUAAAAUUGUUUUGUUAUUCACCAAAAUAAGAACAUCAUUAAUUAGAUCCAAAAUAAUUGGAUUUAAGAAAAAGCCAUAAUAAUAAGUUUAAUUUUAAUACUUGA